GAUACACCUUUUUCUCAUUUCUCAUAUUCAAAUAAUAGGAGAGGGAAAGACAACCUGGAGGAUGAAAAGAACUUACUGAUCCUUGAACCCAAAGAUUCAACAUUACCUAACUCUGUCACACUUGUUUUUUAAGCAAUAAUUCACACCCAAAGCUCCCACUCCCACCCCAUCAUUCUCUCUUUCUCCACUUUCCCUCAAUUCCAAUUGUAAUAUCAAUGAAUUUCUCAAACCAGUAGCUUGGCUAUCUGUGAGCUCCACCCAUAUCAAAUGGAGCAUCAGAUAAGUUCACUGCAAACAACAAUUAGAAUGAGAAGCACUGCAUUGCUAGAAACUUCAUGUGGAUAUUUACUUCAGGAAUUGCAGAUGAUAUGGGAUGAAGUUGGAGAAGAUCAAUUUGAAAGAGAGAAGGUUCUGCUAGAUUUAGAACAGGAGUGUCUAGAGGUUUACAGGAGAAAAGUUGACACUGCAAAUAUAUCAAGAGCUCACCUGCAUCAGGAGUUGGCAGAAGCUGAGGCUGAAUUUACCCAUCUUCUUUUGUCCCUUGGUGAACGAUCUCUCCCUGGACGGCCAGAAAAGAUGACAGGAACAUUGAAAGAGCAGCUAGACUCAAUCACACCAGCUUUGCGGGAGAUGCGGUUAAGAAAAGAAGAGAGGAUGAACCAAUUCCAAGCUGUGCAAGGACAAAUUCAGAAAAUUUCUGCAGAAAUAGCAGGUCAAUCAGAGUACGAUAAUUCAUCAUCAACUGUCAUAGUGAACGAGAAUGAUCUUUCUUUGAAGAAACUUGAGGAGUAUCAGAUUGAACUACAAAGACUCCGUAAUGAGAAGAAUGAAAGGCUCCAAAGAGUAGAAAAAUACAUAGGCAAAAUCCACAACCUGACUGCAAUACUGGGGAUGGAUUCCUCAAUGAUCAUAACCAAAGUUCAUCCAAGCCUGAACGAAUUGAGUGGAAUGUCAAAAAAUAUAAGCGACAGUAUUUUGGCUAAACUCAAAAGCACAGUGGAGUCUCUGGAGGAAGAAAAGCAAAAGCGGCUUGAGAAGCUACGCCAACUUGGUAGAGCAUUGAAAAACUUGUGGAAUCUCAUGGACACACCCUCCAGAGAGCGUCAUUCAUUCUACCAUGUUACUGAUUUAUUAUUAGUCUCGUCUGAAGUAUCAGAUCCAGGAAGCCUCACUCCUAGUAUAAUUCAGCAGGCUGAAGCUGAAGUCAAGAGACUGGAUCAGUUAAAAUCAAGUAAGAUGAAAGAGUUAUUCCACAAGAAACAAAAUGAGCUGGAGGAGAUAUGCAAUAAAUCACACAUGGAGAUUCCUUCACAAUCAGAGAUGGAUAACAUAACAAACCUCAUAAAAACUGGAGAGAUUGACCAUGCUGAUCUCCUCAUGAGCAUGGAUGAACAGAUAUCAAGAGCAAAAGAAGAAGCUUCUAGCAGGAAGGCUAUAAUGGAGAAGGUAGAAAAGUGGAUGUUGGCACGUGAUGAGGAGCGCUGGCUGGAAGAAUAUAACAGGGAUGAGAAUCGAUACUCAGUCAGCAGAGGUGCCCACAAGAACCUCAGACGUGCAGAACGUGCCAGAAUAACAGUCAACAAAAUCCCAGCUUUGGUAGAUUUGCUAACAGUAAAGACUAAGAGCUGGGAAGAAGAAAGAAAGAAAGUUUUCUUGUAUGAUGAGGUACCUCUCCUGGCAAUGUUAGAAGAGUAUAACAUGUUCAGGCUGGAAAAAGAAGAGGAGAAGCAAAGACAAAGGGAAAAUAAGAAGGUACAAAGCCAAGUAGUAGUUGAGCAAGAGAAUUUGUUUGUGUCCAGGCCAGGUACCAGCAGCCGACGUCUUUCAAAUGGGAGCCUGAACGGAGGAUUUACUAAUGCUGUGCCUUUAAACAGAAGGGUUUCUCUGGGCAUUCAACACUUGGGAUCAAAUAGCAUUAAUUCAGCAACACAAGGCAUAUCGUUCAUAAAAGAAGGAAGGAAAGUACAAGGUGAAAAGAUGUUUGCUCGACCAAGCCUUGCUCAUCUUAGAGAUGAAACAGCUUCAGUGGUGUCAACCUUUUCAGGCCCAUUAUCUCCUUGAAUUUUGAGUCAGAUCUGUAGACCUUCAUGCGUGAUGAGGUAGACGAGAUUUGAAAAAGUUUCUUUUCUGAAAAAAAUAACAAAUCCUGCAGACAAUUAAUCCAAAAUAUUGCCAUGUAUUUUAUCUAUUUUUCUGAACUAUCUGCCCUGUCUAGGAGUUCAAGACAAAAGGUGAUUCUAAGGGCUAAUGUAAUAAGUUUUAGGGCCAUUUUAUUCUCACUUCAAGUACAACUGAUGUACAUUUUGCAGUUAGAUGUAUCAAUAAAAUUUGUGUUUAAAAUUAUAAUAAAA